AUGAUGAAACCCGAUCAUUUCGAUAAAUUUGGGGCGUCUAUCAAAACGGCUAACAGGCUGCGAACCACCCUGAAGAGUGCGCCACUCAUGCAAUCAGUCCGAUUCCACGGACCCGGAGAUAUUCGUCUUGAUCAAGUGGAAGAGCCAGUAUGCGGCAAGGGCCAAGUCAAGAUGAAACCCGCUUAUGCAUAUAGGGUUUGGUGGCGGCAUGUCACGAAAGAUCGUAGCAUCAGCCACACAGUUCUAUCCAAUCCCGAUAAAAUUUCCCUCGAAGUCGCCGCACUCAUUGAACCCCUCGCAGUAUCCUGGCACGCCGUGGAUAUUUCACCCUUCAAACCGGGUGACUCAGUACUUAUAGUUGGCGGCGGUCCAAUCGGGAUCGGCAUCGUGCAGGUCCUGAAACUGCAAGGCGCAAAGCGAAUAAUGGUAGCAGAGCUUAUGGAGAAUCGAAAAAGGCUAUGCGGCGAGUACGGCGCAACGAACAUUCUUGAUCCACGCGAGGUGGAAAUCGCAUCGCGGGUACGCGAACUUACGGGCGGGGUUGGGGCUGAUAUGAUCUUUGAUGCGGCAGGCGUGGAUAAGGCACUUCUAGAUGCCAUCCCGGCCUGUCGCACCCAGGGUACUAUUGUUAAUGUUGCAGUUUGGAAGAAGAAUCCUACUAUUCCGGUGAACCAGGUGAUGCAUAAUAGAAUGCGAUAUAUGGGCGCUGCACUUUAUGAUGAGAUGUCCUUUUUGGAUGUCAUUCGGGCAAUUAGCCAUGGUCACCUUAGGCCGGAAAAUAUGAUCACCGCAACAAUUCCGCUAGAUCAAGUGGUGGCUGGGGGGGGGGCGGGGUUCAAGGCACUCCUUGAGUACCGAGACCAGCACUGCAAGAUACUCGUUGAUGUACAAGCAUGA